UCAUGGUGGAUUACAAGGCAGAGCAUACCUUAAUCACUACAUGCUAUUUUAAACUUUAGUCCCCAGUGAAUUAAUUCCUAUUGAAAUUUUUUUAAAAGUGAAAACCCUAGUAAGUAGUGUUAAGAAGUAACAUUAAAUAGAAGUCUACAAGCAGUUCUUGGUGUUCAACCAAAAUUAAUUGUUGACUGAGCCUGAUUCUUCACUUGGAGGGGAAGUUUUAUUAAAAGGAAAUGCCAAGAAAGUAUUUUUCCCCUCAGUUCCUAGACAAGAUUGACUGUAUUCUGCUUCAGAAAUAAGAGCCUAAAAGAGCAAAAAAUCCCCAUUAAAAUACAAGACAUUUGAAGUGCUCUUUCCCCCCCAAAGUGUUACUCAGACACUUCAAGUUCUCUGUGACCCUGAGGAGAGGAGGACAUUCCUUUCAGCCUCACUGCUGUGUUUUUCUCACUGCACUCCCAGGCCUGUGCUCCCAGCAGCAAUCCAGGCACAGCCGGCUGGGUUGGUACAAUCUGGAAGCUUGUUGCAAUAACACACAGAACAAAAAAAAAAAAAAAAAAAACAAGGAAGAGCCUGGCAGCUGUAUAAAACUCCCUCUGAGCUCCAGUCUCCACAGAAGUUUACCAGCCCCAGCAAUCAGCAUGACCAGCCAGUCUCAGGGAAUCCAGCAGCUUUUGCAGGCAGAAAAACGUGCCAAGGACAAACUGGAGGAAGCCAAAAAAAGAAAGGGUAAAAGGCUGAAGCAGGCCAAGGAAGAAGCCACAGCUGAGAUAGACCACUACAGACUGCAGAGGGAGAAGGAAUUUAGAAACAAGGAAACAAAUGUAAUGGGCUCCCAAGGUAACCUGUCUGCCAAAAUAGAAGAGCAAACAACAGAAGCCAUCCGAAACCUCACGAGCAGCUACCACAGGAACAUGGAGAGCAUGAUGAAAAAGCUCUUGAGCACAAUAUGUGACAUCAGCCCUGAAAUUCACCCAAACUUCAGACCUGCAGUUUAA